AUGUCAAAGAUCUUGAUUAUUGCCACCUUGCUUAUGAUGGCAGCAGUUGUUGCCUUGGCUUGCGACGAGCCAUUCUUCCAGCCACGCCCAUCCGAGGUGCUCUACCCAGGCGACCUCUCCAGAACUGAGCGCAAGUUCCACGAGAAGUACAUGAAGAUUGCCUACGACCUCGCCGUCGCCAAGAAGAACCUGUUCACCACCGUCAUCGUCCACCCCAACGGCACAGUCAUGUGCACUGGCCUCAACCAGAACCCAGACUCUGCCAUCCUGCACGGUGAGAUGGUCGCCAUGCUCAACUGCUCCAAGAUCCACCACCAGAACGUCUGGGACGGCUACUACCUGUACACCACUGGCGAGUCCUGCCCAAUGUGCCACUCGGCCGCCAUGUGGAUGGGCUUCCGCAAGGUCGUCUACGGUACCUCCAUCAAGACCCUCUACUGUGACAAGUGUCUCGGCCAGAUCCCAAUCACCUCUGCCAAGAUUAACGCCAACUACUAUGGUAUCCCCAAGAGCCCACCCCCCCAAAUCAUCGGUGGCAUCCUCGCUCACAAGACCGACACCAUCUACCCCAACUUCUGUGCCGACAACUCCAACCCAUGGCACGUGGACCCAAUCUGCACUCCAUGCGCUAAUGACCGCACCUACGAGUCAGACUCUGACUAA